AUGUCAUUCUACGAUUUUUACAAUGUGCAAAUGCUGCAAGCAAUGCAGCAAUUUUACGCAACGUCGGAUCUUAACUCUCAACAGACAUUGUUAGGACCACAGCAAUUGUUUACGUCGAAUAACACUAAUACUCCAAAUGAACUUUAUCUGCAAAACAGCGACUUGUAUGUGGAAAACAGCGAGAGCAACAACGAAGCUGUGGCGUUGCAAGCUCCUGGGGCAGCAAACGCUCACAAAAGGACUGUAGAUCCGAACAAUAUUCCAGAAGAUCUUCGAAUGUGGUGCAAAUGGGGUAUGCAGGAUUAUGAGACAACGAACGCAGCGGAAACAUUUCACAACAAAUUGUGCGGAAUGCUUUCAAAGCGAAUUAAUCCCCCGUUUGAAGAGCUGUUGGAAUGCUUACACUCCAUCAACUCAUUAGCACUAGAAAUGUUGAUGUCCAAGAGAAUGCACGCGCUUCGAGAGCUCUUCGCAAUAAAGAUCAAGAGCGUCGUGACAAGAGCAAUAACGCAAACGAUGAGUUUAAAGAAAUGCUUCGUUUGA